UCGGGUGCAAGAGCUGACACUCACGCGCAUGCGUCUCACUUUACUCCUCAGUCUUUGAAAACUCGCUCGGAGAGCUCAAUUAAAAGACCAUGUCCGCCAUCGGUCGUUUACUGUCCUCUGUGUCCUUAUUUAAACCAAAUUCUCCAUGAAAUAGCAUUAUCCCGUGGCCUCAACAAUGGCCAGUUUGGGUGCAGUUCAGGUGAAACUUGAACUCGGUCAUCGUGCCCAGGUCCGAAAGAAACCCACCGUUGAAGGUUUUACGCACGACUGGAUGGUGUUUGUCCGUGGUCCCGAACACAGCAAUAUUCAGCAUUUUGUGGAGAAAGUCGUAUUUCAUCUUCACGAAAGUUUUCCGAGACCAAAAAGAGUGUGUAAGGAUCCACCUUAUAAAGUAGAAGAGUCUGGAUACGCUGGCUUUAUCCUGCCAAUUGAAGUUUACUUUAAAAAUAAGGAAGAACCAAAAAAAGUACGAUUUGACUACGAUUUGUUCCUGCACUUAGAGGGCCACCCACCUGUCAAUCACCUGCGUUGCGAAAAGCUCACUUUCAACAACCCUACUGAAGAGUUCCGCAGGAAGUUGCUCAAGGCCGGCGGGCAACUGGAUCCUCAUAAAAGAAAUUCAGAAGACUCUAAAGUGAUGGUAAUGCAGGAGGGCUCCACUUCUCUGUUCGGCCAGCAUCUGAAGCUGCCCACAUUGCCCAGCAGCUCAUUAAUACUGACCUUGCCGGAUGCGAAAAAGAGCAAGUCUUUCCCUGGGUCAAAGGAUGGGUCCAAAAGCAAUAGUGCUCUUACUACAACAAACAAUAUUAGCAGCAGCUCCCUCAAACUCCAUAAAUCAUCCAAGGACCAGAAGGACAAGCCUUCCAAAGACUCUAAAGAGUCCAAAAGUGCCUUCAGAGAUUUAAACAAGGAGACUGGAAAACUCUCUAAAGAUUCCAAAAAACCCAAAGAGAAUCAACCACUUCAGGAAGAUUGUGCUGUUCCUCAAAUGGGAUUCAAGGAACCCAAGGCCACAUCGAAGGAGCAGCGGUCAUCAGAGGUUAGCUUCUCAAGCUUAGCACAAAGUAAACGGCGGCCCGCCUUGGACAGUGAAGGCCAUGUGAUGAAAAAACGGAAAAACAGUUUUUUAGAAAGGUCUCAAAAACUGCCUAAUUUGCUCCAGCACCAUCAUUUGGAUAAAAAGGUUCUGAAAGACAAACAGCAGAUCCGGCAAAAGUUACAAAAUACUGAACUUUCAGAGAAGAAAAAAACAUCGACAUUACCUCCUUUCCAGAAUGUCAUGGAUGACAACAUGUUCAACAGAUCAGAUUCGGACCAGCCCAGCCCGGCCAGCUCCAGUUCUAGCUCUGGCUUUGGACAUGAACAUAAGCGCCAAGUCUUAGGUCCUCUUCGUACAGUAAUCCCAGAUUUGCACUCAGAUGAAAAUGAAGAGGAAUCCGAGGACGACGACGAUAAGAAUUUGGACUCUGACAUUGAGCGACCACUGCACACACUAAUGACACAUCGUCAUCGCAGAGUGAGUUUAAGUGAUGGCAGUGACAGCGAAAAUAGCUCUGGUUCUUCACCACUCCCCCAUAAUGACCCCCCAUCUCUAAUGAAGACCAACAAUAAUCAGUUACUCGAAGUAAAGAGUCCUAUGAAACUGGCAAAGGUGGACAAAAAUAAAAACCCGGAUUGUGACAAGGCAUACUUGGAUGAGCUGGUUGAGCUUCACAGAAGACUUAUGGCACUAAGGGAGAGGCACGUAUUACAGCAGAUUGUAAACCUCAUUGAAGAAACUGGACACUUUCACAUCACUAACACUACCUUUGACUUUGACCUCUGCUCUCUGGACAAAACCACAGUGCGGAAGCUGCAAAGCUACCUGGAAAUGUCCGGAUCAUCUUGAAGAUUUGUGCAGCUGGCUGCCAUGAAGAAAAUUAUGUCUUCUUUUGCUCCUCCCUCAGUUUUUCCUAUUACACAAGAGCUCAGGCAAUGGAAAGGACCCCAUUUCAUUCCAGAGCUGUUCUCGUUUCAUAUGGUUAAGAAUUUGAUAAAAAAUACUUUGGACAUUAUCUUGGUUAUCCAGGACUCCACCCAAAAGCCUUGAUAAAUCAACAUUGCCAAAAAUGUUCUUGUUCCAUAACAAAAUACAUUUCUUUGUUGUUAUUCUGUAUGAAUGUUUGCUAGUUUUUUGUGCAUGUUUCAAAACUGCCUUUCCAUAAUGUCUAUUUAUUGAGUACGAGUUUCAUGUGCGUGUGUGUGUUUGUCUAAUAGCAAGUGCUGUUAAACUUUUGCAAGCACUUGGGAACAAUCUCAUUGGCACUCUAUGGUAAUGAAACACGUUUUGGACAUCAGUUUGUCUCAAAAGUAUUGCAUUCAUCUUGGCACUGUAUAAAACAAAUGCUGUACAUCAUGUUAAAUUAUUCGUUUUAAGUAAAUACGGAUCAGAGGUUGACUUCAAUCCCUAAUAAACGAAUUGCAGCUUGUCAACAUUUGCUAAUCAAUAUCAAAAGUACAAUUUUGACAUAUCAAUCAUAUUUUAGGGAUUACAGUGUACACUUAAAAGACAAAACCAAGUGACCUCAAAUCCAAAUGUUUAACUGAAAAAUUGUGGUUUCAGUAAAAGUAUGUUGUAUCUUCUGAUGUUAUUUAUCUUUGUUUAAAGACCACAGUUCUCGUGGCUGUUCUUUGGUUUCCCACCGAUCAGUACGAACUAGACAAUUACUUGCUUCUAAUUUUGGAGUUUUCUGUGAAACUAGGAAAAUCAAAAAGGUACGUUUACUCCAUCGUACCACUUCUUUUUUAUUAAUUGACAAAGGCCAAUAUGAAUAGAUUAUGUAGUUAAAUUUUAUCCCCCAAGCUCUAAUCAAAGCAACUUUUUUUCUUAUUAUAUAAUGUUAAAUCAAAUCUCAGAGACGGUGGCGGUGGUUUUCAGAGGGCAGACUGAAAAUUUGGCACUGUGUGAAGUGGAUCAAUUAAAAAAAAAGUUUUGAUUGAAUCUCGAUUUAUUGUGUUGCUGAAUGAAAUGAUCC